GUUAGCUUUACUAACACAUGAUGACUUAAUUUCAAACAGGGUUCACUGUAGGUCGAAAGCAUGGGUUAAAAUUCGAAAGGAAGCAAAGGCCUGAUUUCCAACGGUUCGCUGUGACAUCCUGGAUGAAAAUUUACGGAAAUGUAUUUAACCCGUUAAUCUCGUUAGGGAGUUCCUCUACAUACGCCUAGGUUUGACGGGGGUUGCCUCACCAUGGCCCGGAACGGCUCAGGGCCGGCUUCCAAGGAGGACUUCCUUGCGUUAUUGAGCAUGGAAGCAGCGAGGGCGCAGCUUAAGACUGAGCCAAACGCAUCCCGCGAAGCCGUCGUGGACGCCCUGUCACUAAGAGCAGAGCAAGUUUGCAAGUCAAUCCACCUUCCAGGGACUGACACAGCUGCCACCAAGGGUCAAGGCGGCUCGGAAACACAUGCGGGUCUACUUCAGAAGGCCUCCGCAGCUUCUUGCACCGACAAUAGCACAGCCCAUGCUCCCGCCGCUCAUGUCAAGCUCGAGGUUAUGACAACUGACAUCGACUCAGCGGCAAACGCUGCAACCCUUGCCGACGCUGCUCCUAGCACUGCUUCUCCCGGUAACACUGCUUUAGGGACUGUAGCGGCAGCUAACGCUAGCGUCCCCACUUCGGCCCCCGAAGGAGCUAACCAGGCCGGUUCUGCGUCCCCUUGGAGCCUCCCGGAGGAGUCCUGCGAGGCGGCUGAGGGGCCCGCAGAGCAGCCCCCGCCAGCUGAACCCCAGGGCCCGACAGCUCACACCGCUGACAGCGGCGCUGCUGCUGCUGCUGCCGACCCCGCAGCAGCAGCAACAACAGCAGCCACAGAUCCAGCGCAGCCGGGCCGGGACACCCAGUCCCCGCCGGCUACCCAGGCGGAGCAGGAAGGGCAGGAGGGCCCGCAGGCGGCCCAGGGAGCGCAACCCACGAAGGAGGCUGCAGGAGCAGCAGCACAGCCGGAGGGGAGGAGCGAGGAGGAAGGGGAAGGAAAGCCGGCAACGGGUCGGGAGGAGCAGCAACAGCAAGCGAAUGCGGCACCUCAUGCUGCUUCCACUGCCGUACGGCAUCACCAGGUGCAUCUGCCCAACCUACAGCAGAUGGCUUGGAGGCGCCCUGAGGAGCAACAGCAGCAGGAUCAUCAGCAGCAGCAGCAGCAGGACCACCCUCGCCCUGAGGAUCAGCAGCAGCAGCAGGACCACCCUCGCCCUGAGCAGCAGGAGCAGCAGCAGCAGGAGCAGCAUGCGGCCGGUGUACUGCCUCAGCAGCUACGCAGGGUCGGGUCCGUGGGGCCGUCUGCCGAUGCGGGCGCAGGUGGCGUGCAGGUGGUAACGGCAGCAGAGGCGGCCGCUGCUGGGCCGCGGCUGCAAGGGGAGGAAGGCGGGGUUGCUGUAAUGCAGGCGGAGGCAGCCGCCGCUGGUGAGCCGGGCACGUUUGGGAGCGGCGAGGAGGGCGCUGCUGGCGGCAGCAGCGGGGGACCUGCGGCUGCGCAGGAAGCGGAGGGUGGAGAGGAAGGCGCCCCAGAGGGGCAGGGAGAGCAGCAGGAGGAGCAGAAGGCAUUCGUAACCAUCGUUCGGGUGCACAAUCGCAUGCUCUUAAUCACACAGCCCGCGCUGCGCACCUUUUGGCCGCAGCACGAGAGUAUCGCCAGCCAACAGGGUGCCGGUGUGCCGGCCGUCACUGUCAAGGUCUUCCUCGCAGUUCCCGAGGACCGCGAAGCUGCUGCUGCUGCUGCUGCUGCUGCUGCUGCUGCUGCUGCUGCUGCUGCUGCUGGCACUGCUGCUGCGGAUGCGGAUGCUGCUGAUCCUGCUGAGGAUGCUGCCGCCGGCAUGGGGAGUUCGUCCCGCAUGCAGGAGGCGGAUGCGGUCCUCGUCGUCUACAACGGGGGCAGGUCCUGGAGACUGAAGCGGGUUAGCGAGUGGCUGUCCUUGGUGGGUAUUUCCAACUCCGGGAAGGUGGAGAUUUGGCUUGACAGCGGGGGUCGCGUGUGCCUUGCAAGGCACUGGGAACCACGCGACUCAAUAGGCGCGGGAGAGGGCAACGCCAAAGAGGGGGGCGAGAUGUCCGACGCACCGCCGCCGGCCGGCACGCACCGGGGGUUAAAGCGGCGACGGUGGACCCGCUCUCUGGCGCGUAUUGACGAGCAGCCCGUAGUAGCCAAAGCCGCAGCGGCGUGCGGAGACGACGGCAGCAGGGACGACGAGGAAGCGCCGGAAAGGGACGACGAGGAAGACGCGGCCGCCGGGGUUCCCGAAGUUGGCGACGAUGGGGAGCCUGACGCUGACGUCGGCGGUCAUGAUGACGUGGCAGCGGAGGGGCGCGAGGGUGGCGGCGGAGGCAACGGCAGGCGCAGCACUGCCGGCAACCCGGCGGCGGCGGCGGAGGGGCGUGAUGGUGGCGGAGGCAGCGGGAGUCAGCAGCGGCUGGCUGGCGCUGAGGGCAGGUUGCGCUGGAGUGUGCUGAAUGGUAAGGCUCUGACCAAAUCUGAUGUGGACCUGAGGCGGUUGGACGCCUUGGCGUUCAUGGUGGGUCCCGGCGGGGUGUUCCAGGAGCUCGCCAGCUCGGAUUACACGGGGAAGCUGACGCUGCUGGAGGAUGCGCCGAAUGGGGAAGUGUGGAAGGUGGCGUUUAACAAUCGUCGCAUCCUCAUCAUUUACGGCCUGAGGAAGGUCCUGCAGCGGUAUAACGGGGGCGAGAAAGACGUCAUGGUGUUCAGCAAAGUGAACCUGACGACCUACAAAGUCACCAUCCUCAAGGACGCACCCCAGGCAGAGGACGCCGCCCGCUACACCAAACGGGCCAGGUCAAAUCCCGCUGGCGACUCCGGCCCAGCCCACACCCCAGCCGCCUACAACCGCCGCUCGGGGGCAGCUGACGGCGCCGGCGGCAGCGGCGCCGUUGCCAUGAGAGGUGGUGCUACUGCUAGUGGUGCUGCUGGUGGCGGUGCUGCGCGAGGAGGUCUCAUGCGUAGCAGCGGCAGGCGGGUUAUGCACACGGUUCCGUUGGAGGACCUGCAGCCCGACAGCAGCCUGGAGCCAGCAGGCGGGAAGACGGCUGCUGGUGCUGGUGCUGCUGGUAGUGCUGGUGGCGCUGCUGGUGCUGGUGCUGCUGGUGGUGCGGCUCCCGGCAAGGCUCGGCCCUGUGAUAAAGAUGAUGACGGUGAUGGUGGUAGUGGUGACGACGACGAGGGCAGCAGUGAAGGGGAGGACGGCGAUGCUGCGGUGAUGAAGACCCUGACGGUGGUGGACUACAUGUAUCGGAAGAACGAGGUGCAUCUCAAGAUGGACUUGGUCCGGGCGCUGUUUGCAUGGCACACGGGGCGCGGUCCGGGUGUGGACAUUCCAUUAGAUGCAGUGGACGAACAGCAGCGAGACGGCGGCGGCGGCGGCGGUACGGCAGCUGUGGAUUUGGUGCUGCGGGGUUACGGCAAGGGGCAGUGGCGGUUGAAGAACCUGCCCAGGUGGUUGAAGCAGCGUGGGGCCCAAGUGGGUGACGAGGUGAGGCUGCGGCUGCUGGGGGCGGGCGAGGGCGGCAGGCCGCGGUUGGGACUGUCGCUUGUCACGCGGCGGAGGCGCAGGUCCGGAGCGCGCUGCAGUGAGUCGGACGGGGAUGACGAUGACGCGAUGUCUGUGGACGAAGAGGAGGAGGAGGAGGGAAGCGGCAGCGGCAGCGAUGACGGGGAGGAGGAGAGUGAGGAGAGCAGCGGCUCGGAAGGAGGCAGCGGCAGUGGAGGGGAGGAAGACGAAGAGGAGGAUGGUGACAGCGGCGCUGCAUUGGAGGAGGACGGCGGGAAGCAGCGAGCUGCUUCAGCAGGGAGAGGACGACGACAGCAGCACAGGAGGGGUGUGGGCGCUGGGCGGCAGCAGCCCGCAGCAGCUGGAGCCGCAGCAGCCGCACCGGCCGCUUGCAUGCUGCCCGCCGCGUCGCUGAGCUCCGCCCACCUGCGCGGCUGCAUCCCGCCUGAUGUGUGUCUGCCGCCGCUGCAGCCGGGCGAGCUGCGGCUGUGCGGCCUCACCUUCCACCCGGACGUGGCGCAGCGCGUGCGGAGGCGCAUGGCGGAGUGGGAGAACCAGGUCUGCGCGCGCGAGCUGAAGCCGCUGCGGGAUCUGCUGCCAGCAAAGUACCAGAUACACAUCCCGGGUAUCGACGACCACACACCGCCCCAAACCCUGGCACCACAACCCCAAUCAGCCGCUGCUGGUGAUGCUGCUACCGCUGCACCCACAACGGCGACAUGCCCUUCCUGGCGCGACGUCUUCCUCCGUCAGGACCUCCGCAGCCGCGUCAUUUGCUGGCGCCUCGCCGAGCACCUCGACCUCACCACCGACAAGGGCUGCGACUCGCCGCUGCCCGCUGACCCCGUCCACCCUGCGGACGUGGAACCCCGGCGUGACCCAGAUCGAGGCGGCUUGGGGCUGUACGCGACGCAGGCCAUCCGCCGUAACUCUGUGGUAUGCGUGCUGGCGGGCUACGUCAUGGCUCGGGAGCAGGCGGGGAAGAGCUUCGUGGAAAGCGGUUUUGUGGGGCUGCAGCGAGGUGCGCGGGAGGAGCUCAGAGCGCGGGCGGCGGGCGGGGGCGGCGGCAUGGACGAGGCCCUGCCGUGGAACUUCCUGGCGGCGUCCUUCAGGGUGCCGUACACGGGGAGUGGUGCGCUGAUUUCGGAGCCGUACCCAGGCUUGCCGCAGCUGGAGCUGCACAUGCUGGGGUACGGCAACUUGGGCGCGCUGGUGAACGACCCACGGGUCGACCCUUGGAAGCCGCAGCCCGACGCACACCAUGCAGCGGCCGCGAUGUUGGCCAACUGCCUUCUGGUCCCGGUAUCUGUCCGCGGUCUGGUUCUGCCGGUGCUGGUCGCCACCCGCGACAUCGCCCCCGGGGAGCAGCUGCUGCGCGACUACGGAGCCGACUGGUGGCGGGAGGUGCAACAGGACUGGGAGGUGCUGGACAGCUACGGUGUCAGCGCGGUGUCUGUGCUGCAUGGCAGCGAGGAGGAGCUCAUGCGGAGGUAUCCCCCACCACCCGGACUGCCUCGAGCUGCUGCUGUGGGUGCAGCUCCUGCGGGCGUCAGAGCAGCAGGGCCACCGGAUGCUGCAGCGGCAGCUCGGCAGCAUCACCACCUGCACCCGCAACGACACCAGCAGCAGCAGCACCGCCAACAGCAACCGCACUACCAUUCACAGCAGCAGCCCGCGAGACACGCAGAGGCAGGGGGUACGGCUGCUGCCGCUACCAGAAUGGAGGGCGACGUCCCCAGCGGUCGCGGUCACGGCGGCAGCGGUGGCGGCGGCGGUGGAGGGG